CGACAAUCAAUCGCCCCCUACAGAGAGUGGCCAAAAUGACAUUCCGAAGAAAACAUUUAUGACGUCAUCACGUCGGGCAACCUCACAGCUACUUUACGGUAGAAUUACAGACGUUGGAGAGAAUACAUUUGUCAUUUGUUACGUUAUAGUAUUACGAGCAGACUGACUAAAACGACGCAAAUUGCACGGUGUGAUCACAAUGGAGAAUGGUGAUGGAGGGGAAACGUGUGAGCUCAAGGCGGGCCGUCAAACACAGCAAUUGUGUCGCUUCUUUUCUCAAGGAAGACGCUGCAACUUUGGGGCCAAGUGCAGAUAUUUACACAUAAGAGUGGAUUCUAGAUCUGAUCAGAAAGAUGCGAUCACUACUCCUUGCCAGCCUGGCAUCCAAUACCUCCCCUCUGCGGGUCAAGAAGAGGAAGGGGAUGUGGAAGUCCACACUGCCAAGCCCAAGGCAUCCUCAGGAGCUGGACGUCGUACCUGCCGCUACUUUUUGUCAGGGCACUGCACGAUGGAGGACAGGUGUCGCUUCUGGCAUCCACCGCAGUUCCUCUCAGUGGGGGACCACGCAGAAUCGGCAGAGCAGACCAACUUCGCGCAAAGGAGAGCACCCGCGCCUCGGCCAAACGUGGUCCAGGAGGUCAAACUGUGUGAGUUGACAGAGGACGUUGCUGCACAGCUACGGGACACGGAGAUCAAGCAGCUGAAGAGGCGUUUUCCCAAAGACCAUCUUAUAAUUCAAGAGCGAAGCGAUGGCAAGGUUACGUAUUACAGGGCCACUGUUGAAGCCACUGAUCCAGACUGGCCUUUUGAUUUGAAAGAAAUUGACAUCAUGGUGAGCUUCCCUAAUGCUUAUCCACAAGAGAUUUUCACCCUUGAUAUUCCACUGGAUCAAGAGCUGCCCCUAGUGAUGGGAAGGCACGUGCAGCAAGCAUCACUAGAGUGGCUCCAGGCGAAGCACGCCACCAACCAACUCCUCGGGAAAGUGGAGUUGCUCUUCCGGCCUUUUCUCCGCUGGCUCGAUCGCAGUUUGGAGAAACUGUUCACGGAGGGAGCCAGACAGUUGAAAAAGGAUCUUGAUUUAGAAAAAGCUGGGUUGCAAUUCAUACCAUACCAGGAUCUACAGGCAACAAUGUGUGAAAAAAACAAUCAUAAAUUGGACACCAACUCUGAUGCUGUGAAUGACGAAGAGAAGGUCGGCGACGAAGUGAAAAACUCAGAAGGCAACAUAGAAGAAGGGGGGGCCCCGGGUUGUGAUGAAGAGCAAAGCGAGGAUGAGGACGCCACUCACCUAGUGGAAAACAUUAAGAUCAGCGAGGUCCGCAGAGGCACAGAAGUGAGGCUGCUUGGGCUCACGCUGGGAGAGAACACAGCCACUGUAGUGGGCCACAACAUCACUGUUUGUCUUCAAUGCAACAGGUGUAAGGUGAUUGCAGACUUGACGCUGAGUGGGAAGACUGCCUGCGCAGCUCAGUGUGAGAAAUGCAGUGCGACAGUCGGCGCCGCAUUCAGACCCUCCAUGCUGCACCACUACAGUGACGUGUUGGGGUACCUGGACCUCCAAAACGCUGUUCCCUCUGACCUGGUGCUUCAAGACUGCCGCCUCAUUGUGGGCUGCCUCAGCUGUUCCCAGGAGAGCUCUGUCCAGAACCUUUGUUACGGUCAAACAAAGGAGGUCAAUUGUGAAAGCUGCCAUGGCAAGCUAAGUCUGUUGGCCGAGAGUGCCAGAUUCCAGUACAUUCAGCCACGCAGAGACAAAACAGGUCCAAGUGCUUCUACUGUUAAUUUGAAGACGGUAAGAGAUCCAGCUGUUCAAAAGGGGAAGCCACUACCAGAAAAAGGAGCAUGCAAGCAUUACAAGCAGAGCCAUCGCUGGCUCAGGUUUCCGUGUUGCGGCCGGGCUUACCCUUGCGACGUGUGCCACGAUGAGGACCAGGACCAUCCCAUGGAGCUCGCCAGCAGGAUGAUUUGUGGCUUCUGUGCCAAAGAGCAGCCGUACAGCAACGGGAAGCCUUGCGUCAAUUGUGGCAGCAUGAUGACCAGAGGUCCUCACACCAGCCACUGGGAGGGAGGACUGGGCUGCCGAAGCAAAGUCAAAAUGUCCAGAAAUGAUCGGCAGAAGUACGCCAACACCAACAAGACGAUUUCCAAGAAGGCCAGUGAAAAGAAGUAGCUUGAUUUGUGUCACCGUCAUUUCUUGUGUAUAAUGCGCCCCCCCCCCCCCUCCCAAAAUAGUCAAAAGUCAACAGUGCGCACUAUACAUGGGUAUAGGGGCAAAUGUAAAAAAACGUUCACAUUUUAUAAAUGUAUGCCGCCAUCUAGUGGUUAUGAAAAUGCUGUAUACUUACAUUCUAAAAUGCCACCGACACAUAGUGGUUAUAAAAAAGGUGCAGCCUACACUUUCAUUCCAAUAUGACAGUGGUACGUAUGACUGCAUAUAUGUACAGUUCUGCUCAUAAGUUUACAUACCCUGGCAGAAUUUGUGAAAUAUUUGUUUUAAUAUGACUGAUGACUAAUCAACAACUAUCAUUAAUUUCUUUAUGAUUAUGUGUUGUUGAAUGAUAAUGCUUUUCUGAAAUGCUUGACUGUUUAAUUUAAAUUCCAUUAAAAUAAAAUUAAUUGUGUUUCACCUGGUCCUUCAUGUUUUCUUUCAAGAAUUGUACCCAUCUUACAAAUUCUGCCUGGGUAAUCAAACAUGAGCACAACUGUGUGUUUUCCCAUUUACUGAAUAAAAGUAGGGCUGUGAAUUUCAAAAUAAGAGUAAGUAAAAAGGAUUACGUGUUCAAAUAACAUGCUUAACUGAUUAAUUCUUUGAAAAAACUAACUAACUUGGGGUGCGUAUUAUACAUGGGUGUGCAUUAUACACGAGAAAUUACGGUACUUUUUGAACAUGUAAAAAAAACCAAAUUCAAUGAGUUUCUGAUUUCCUCCAAUAAAUCAUGUUGUAAUGAUCA